CGUUUUGGCGCAUAACAUUGGGGGAAAUUUUCAUGUUGCCUCCAAAACCUUAUCUCCAAACUCUUCGAUCCGCUAAACUUUUCAUAUUGCUCAAACAACCUUAUCUUCAAACCCUUCUCUCACGUCGAUUUCAAUUUUUUGCCGAGCCGUCGAACCCCAUUCACGCCGUCAAACACUCUUCCAAUCGUCAAACCCUAUUCACGCUGUCAAACACUUUUUCCAAUCGUUAAACCCAGUCGCACACACCACCAGAAGGAGGAUUAAGCUACCAGAGACCGUACUGGAGUUGAAGUCUUCGUCGGAAUCUUCGAAGGAAAUAUGGAUCGGAAAUGGAUGUCUGCCAAUCGAGCGUCAAAAGAAUACGAAGACGGAGUUCAAGAGUUUGUUAGAUUUGCUAUCGCUCAUGCCGAUGACACUAGUAAAAUCAUAUGCCCUUGCUUAGAAUGUUGUUAUACGGAUGUCAGUGCAAAUGUUUUGGAAGAUCACUUAAUAUGUAAUGGAAUCGACAAAAGUUAUACAUGUUGGAUAAUGCACGGGGAAAAGAAUACCAAGUCAACAAUGAGGAGCAGUGGGAGAGAUACAUCAAAUGAUUUUGAAAAAGAUACGAAUAAUGAGUUUGAUCGAGUUGAAGAUUUUGUGAAUGUAAUUGAAGAAGAUCUUCGUGAUUGUCCUCAAAUGUUUGAGAGACUAGUAAGUGAUGCAGAGACUCCAUUGUACGAAGGAUGUACUAAAUUUACAAGAUUGUCUACGGUCUUAAAAUUGUAUAACUUAAAAGCACGCCAUGGAUGGUCUGAUAGGAGUUUCACAGACUUGUUGACUUUGUUAAGUGAGAUUUUGCCUAAGAAUAAUGUGCUCCCUAGUCGAACCUAUGAGGCUAAACGAUUAUUAUGUUCUAUUGGCAUGAGUUAUGAGAAGAUACAUGCUUGUCCAAAUGAUUGCAUCUUAUUUCGUAAUGAGUAUGCAUCAUUAAAUAUGUGUCCUAAAUGUAAUGCCCCACGAUAUAAGAAGAAAGAAACAGCUCCAGCCAAAAUGCUAUGGUAUUUUCCGAUAAUACCAAGAUUUAGGCGCAUGUAUCGUAAUGAGGAAGAUGCAAAGAACUUCACAUGGCAUGCAAAUGAAAGGGUUGUUGAUGGAAUGCUCCGACAUCCCGCAGAUUCUCCUCAAUGGGCAAAAAUUGAUCAUGAUUACCCAGAUUUUGGGCAGGAAGAAAGAAACCUACGUCUCGCAUUGUCUACUGACGGAAUAAACCCUCAUGGUAUUCAAAGUAGUAAAAUUACUUCUUGGCCAGUGAUUUUGUUGAUUUAUAACCUACCUCCAUGGCUAUGCAUGAAGCGCAAGUACACGAUGUUGACUAUGUUAAUUUCUGGGCCUAAGCAACCAGGAAAUGAUAUAGACAUAUACUUGGCUCCAUUGAUUGAAGAUUUGAAGCAUAUGUGGGAGACAGGUGUAGAGGUAUAUGAUGAGUAUAAAAAGGAAUCCUUCAAAUUGAGGGCUAUGUUAUUUGGAACAAUCAAUGAUUUUCCCGCAUAUGGAAAUCUAUCAGGUUACAGUGUCAAAGGACAACUUGCAUGCCCCGUAUGUGAAGAUAAUACACACUAAUACGGUUGGAUCAUUGUAUGAAAAAUGUAUUUCUUGGACACCGUAGAUUCUUAAAUACCAACCAUCGUUUUCGAAAAUUGAGAAAAGCAUUUAAUGGUAAAUCAGAAGAAAAAAGAGCUCCUUUGCCUUUGACGGGUGAUCAAUUAUACCAAAAGGUAAAGCUUUUGAGCACUAAUUUUGGAAAGCCUUUUUCAAGUGAACUUGUCACGGGAGGAUGGAAAAAAAAGUCAAUUUUCUUUGAAUUGCCAUAUUGGAAGUCGUUGUAUGUUAGACAUUUUCUCGAUGUGAUGCAUAUUGAAAAAAAUGUUUUUGAAAGUGUCGUUGGUACAUUACUCAAUCUUCCAGGAAAGUCAAAGGAUGGCCUGAAGGCAAGGUUAGACCUGCAAAGUAUGGGAUUAAGAAAUGAAUUGCAGCCAGUUAAAAGGGAGGGUAAGCGUACAUUUCUACCUCCAGCAGCUCAUACUCUGUCAAGAAAAGAGAAAAAGAUCUUGUGUAAGGUUCUUCAUAACAUUAAAGUUCCAGAGGGCUACUCAUCAAACAUUAAGAGUUUGGUAUCUAUGAAAGAUCUCAAAUUGAAGGGUUUAAAGUCUCAUGAUUGUCAUGUUUUAAUGGAGAACUUUCUUCCAGUAGCUAUACGUUCCAUUUUACCUGAAAAUGUGCGAUGGACCAUAACUAAACUUUGUUUUUUCUUCAAAGCCAUUUGUAGCAAAGUUAUUGACCCUGAGAAGUUGCCAAUAUUACAAAAGGAAAUUGUUGUCACAUUAUGUGAACUUGAGAUGUAUUUUCCACCCUCAUUUUUUGACAUAAUGGUUCAUCUAACCGUCCAUCUUAUCAUGGAAACACAAUAUUGUGGACCGGCUUAUAUGAGGUGGAUGUACCCGAUUGAGCGUUACAUGAAGAUAAUAAAAGGGUAUGUGAAGAAUCGAAGUCGACCAGAAGGUUGUAUUGUUGAACGAUAUUUAGUUGAAGAAGCUAUUGAGUUUUGUAAUGAAUACCUCUCUAAUGUUGAGUCCAUAGGGCUUCCAAUGUCACGACACUCUGGAAAAACAACAGGGGAAGGGAUUGGUGCAAGUAAACCAGUGACCAUGUCAGACAUCGAAUUGGAACAAGCACAUUUGUAUGUAUUACACAAUGCUGAUGAGGUUGAGCCAUAUGUUGAAAAGCACAAGGAAAUCCUUCAAAGUUUGAACCCUAACAGGAGUGAAAAUUGGUUAACAAGAGAGCAUAAUCAAAGUUUCAUAUCAUGGCUAAAAGAACAUAUUUUUUCCGAAAUUGCCAAAAAUCCUGAUUCAAUUUCAGAAAGAUUGAGAUGGCUAGCAAAUGGUCCUAAUUCAAAUGUUCUAUCUUGUUUGUCUCUUUUCUAUGUAUGAUUAAGCAACCAACAUAUAAAAUAUAAAACUAGGGGCAGUUGUUUAUUUAUUUUAAAUAUAUAACUGUUAGUAGUACUAAUCAAACAAAAUAUAAUUAGAGUGUUGAUCAUGUGAGUUUAAAUAAUUAAUAUCUGGCUAAUGGGUAUACUAAAUGUUAAAACAGAAUAGUUUAGAGGCAAGUUGGUGAGAAUAGUAUAGGUAUGGUAAGAUUGGCUUAAGUAGUUAAGGAUGUGAACAGUGAUGCUAGGAUGCAAUUUCUAAGCAUUGUCUUAAAAGAUGUUAUGUUCAUAUUGAGAAAAGAAUUCAUAUAUGUUUGUUUUGUAAAUAAAGAUAUUAAUGUUUUUAUUCAUA